GCAAUUUAUAACACUAUUGACAAUUUUAUCAAUACCAACGAUUUGGCUAAACAAAUUCUUGCUGGGGAUCAGGUUAUUUUGUACCAAGUUAGAGUUUGGUUUGCUAUUAAAUGUGAUGGUAAUGUACCUGAUCCAUCAAAACCACCACCAAAAAAAUAA